AUGCCUCACCAUCAGAGGAAUGAGUUGUACAAGUCUGAGGAGAACAUCGACCUGGUGGUGGUGCAGCUGCUUGGGCCUGAGGAGGUAGAGGAGGUGGAGGCUAUAUCUCCCUCCUCCUCUGUCUCUUCCUCCCUCUCAGUCCUAUUCCACGAGAGUCUGGAUGAGGUGGCUGCUGAUGAGUCAGCAAGUCCUCCCCACAGCCCUCAGGGUGCCUGCCUCCCCCUCGCUGCCAUGGCAGCCUCUCCAUGUAGCCAACCUGAAGAUGAGGGCUCCAGCAGCCUAGAUAAGGAGGGGCCAAGCAGCAGGCAGGGCUCUGAAGAGGCCAAGUCCUCUCUCCAAGGCGCCCUACAUUUGAAGAAGGCUUACCUGGUGGCAUUUCUGCUCCUGAAGUAUCGCACCAGGGAGCAGACCACAAAGGCAGAAAUGCUGAGUAGGGUCAUCAAAGAGCACCAGGACUACUUCCCUGAGAUCAUUGGCGAAGCCUCUGAGGUCAUGCAGCUGGUCUUUGGCAUUGAUGUCAAGGAAGUGGACCCCAGUGCCCACACCUAUGUCGUGGUCACCACCUUGGGCCUCACCUAUGAUGGGAUGGUGGGCGAUGGGCACAGGUUUCCCAACACUGGCCUCCUGGUCACAGUUCUGUGGCUGAUUGCCUCAGAGGGUGACUGUGUUCCUGAGGAGGAAGUUUGGAAAGCCCUGCGGGUAAGGGGGGUGCAUGAUGGGAAAAAGCAUUGGAUCUAUGGGGAGCCUAGAGAGCUCCUCACCAAAGUUUGGGUGCAGGAACAGUACCUGGAGUACCGGCAGGUGCCCAACAGACAUCCUGCACGCUACCAGUUCCUGUGGGGUCCCAGGGCCCACGCCGAGACCACCAAGUUGAAAGUCCUUGAGCUUUUAUUCAGGGAUUAUAGAGGGGAUCCAAGUUCUGUCCCAUCCCUGUCUGAAGAGGUUCUGAGUGAUGAGGAAGAGCAGGCCUGA